AUGUCUAUUAACAACGUUUUGAAAGGCAUGGGCUACACUUUCCUCACCUCAAUUGGUGAAGGCUCCUUUUCUCGAGUCAAGCUUGCCACCUCGCAGAAGCACUGCUGUAAGGUGGCUAUCAAAAUUGUAGACCGCAUGAGGGGCUCUGCGGAUUUCAUCCAGAAGUUUCUCCCAAGGGAACUGGCGGUUUUGAGACGGGUGAAUCACGAGAACAUCAUCCAAAUGUUCGAAUGCAUUGAGGUGGCGGGAAAGCGACUCUGCAUCGUGAUGGAGGCUGCGGAGAAAGAUCUCCUUCAGAAGAUACAUGAGGUCCAUCAUAUUCCUAAAGACCUAAGUAAAACCAUGUUUGCGCAGAUGGUCAGCGCUAUCAACUACCUCCACCAGAUGAACAUUGUCCACCGAGACCUGAAGUGUGAAAACAUACUGUUAACAGCCGAUGAGAAAAUUAAGAUUGCAGACUUCGGCUUUGCUCGAUUCGUUGAAGACCCUUCAGAGCUCAGUCAUACCUUCUGUGGAUCUCGGGCCUACACUCCACCGGAGGUCAUCACAGGAACGCCGUAUGAUCCAAAGAAGUAUGACGUAUGGAGCCUUGGGGUGAUUCUGUAUGUCAUGGUGACUGGAACAAUGCCAUACGAUGAAACCAACGUCAGACGACUUCGCCUUCUUCAGCAGAGACCAUUGAAUUAUCCAAGUAAUGUCGCCGUUGAGGAACCAUGCCGGGUGUUUAUCAGAACUCUGCUCCAGACAAAUCCUUCCACAAGGCCAACUAUUCAACAGGUGGCCGGACAUUCUUGGCUGCAGAGCUAA